AUGACAAUCUAUAAUGCCUUCACAAUCUACGGAAUUUUCGCCGUCAUAUCGGGCCUGUCCUCGCGGACCGCUGUGACGGCAUGGUCAGUCACAGAGCAACACUCAGCAUCAAUGGGGCACCACGCAUCAAGCAUGGGUCACCAUCAUCAUUAUCACACAACCAGCCCACACGGCAAUUCUUUCAGCCAAGCUCCGUCUCAAUACAGUCACAUCCAGUACACUCCCAACCACGGAUACAGUCACGACGAACGUGACAUGCUGCGUCGGGUUGAGUGGGUGCGGCAGCAGCGUGAGGGGGACAGCCAGCCCGCGCCGCUCUUCACUGCUGUGGCUGCCGCUGCUGCGUCAGGCGAAUCCUUUGUCCUCAACGUCCCUCUCAGACGGACAACUGCUGCUGCUGCUGCUACAAAUGCUGCUACAGAAGCUGCUACAGCUGGUUACACACCUGCUGCUGCUGCUACAACCGGAGCAGCCAGACUGCAAGCCCAGGGGAGGAGGAGGAGGCAGCGAACGGUGAUCAUCGGGCCAGUCUCCCUGCAACGGGCCGCUGUAACCGCAGGUUACCAGCUGUCUCAGAAGCGCCCGAAAGGCCCCUGCAGCAUGUGGUUCAAGAGAGUCUUCAUAGUCAGAGUCAAGUCUGCUGCUGAUUUCGCCGCCAGGGCCUCUCUCCCGCGCACCGCCACCGUUAUUCUGCAUUUACAGAAAGAUUUGAUGCUGCCUAAAGGGGUUAUUUUCGGGCGGCAGCAGUCGUGCACGAUACUCAUGUCAGCGAAAUGGCCCGGUUACACGCUGACGGGUGGUAACCCUAUGUAUCCGGUGCUGCGCGUGUGGAACACGAGUAACUUCAUGUCGCUGAACGUGAACUAUCGCCUGCCGGUAACGGAGAGCAGCCCCGAGUGCACCAUUGUGCCAGAGCUGGGCAAAGGCGUGACCUGCCCUGCCAUCUCCAUCCAUCGGUCCUUCGGCGUGCAGAUUGGCAAGAGAGCACCACUAACUGGGCAAGGAGUGGCAGAGCUGGGCAAGGAGUGGCAGAGAUGGGCAAGGAGUGGCGUGCCCCGAGAUGCAGUCUUGAUCCAUCGAUCAUACGGCGUGCAGAUUGACAAGGUGAGUCCCUCCAUUCCAUCUGCUUGUUGCGCUCCUUUCGCAUGUCACGCUCCUUUCGCAAGUUCUCUUGUCUGGAUUCUUCCGGUGGACGUGGUGGUGAGCACCGUCUUUGGCCCAGUGGGCGUGCAAUGGAGCAUGGCCAUGCCGCGUGCGGCUGGACUCACUAACGCUCACUGGAGUGGUUUCUCUCUCUUUUUCUCAUCCCACACGUCGUCUCAAGCUCCCGCGUGCCUCCAAGCUACCCCCUAUCCCGUCUACCUCUCUCCCCCCCAGGGCAAAAUCUUUGGGCGAGUGGACGUGCUACGCAGCAUGGACGUGCGCCUGGACUCACUCUCGGUCACCGGAGUGGCUUCCUUUAUCAAGUCGCCUGGGGUGAUCCGAGUGGCCCUGUGUGGGUACGGGCCGGGACUUCUCAAAUCCAGCAUUGUCAUCUCCAACAAUGAGGUGUACGGGGUGAACACUCCGAUCCUCUUGCACAGGGGAGCAGUUGGUGUAACCGUCAGGAACAACUACGUGCACGACUUCAUAUUUGCUGGAAUCAAGUGCGGUGCCGACGUGCAUUACAGCUUUGCGUGCAUGCUCAGUCGCAUCAACUCCAACCUUGUGGUUUCCUCUGGGAGGAACCUGAACGGGGAUCACGACUCGGCUGGGAUCUACUUCUACACGCACUGGUUCAGCCCGGGCAACUCGGCGCUGUGCAACUACGUGUUCAACGGCGAUCACUGCUAUUAUUUGGACCAUUGCUCGUCGGGCGUGCUUGUCAGGGGAGGCGCGUGCGUGAAUACGUAUGACGGCAUGAAAGUGAAUAACGGCAAGCGGAACGUGAUAACGAACGUGGCGAUGAAAGGCACGCGGGGAUCGCUGGGGUGGACGUCGUGCUUCACAGUGACCGUCAACAACUGCCUCAAAGACCCCGGCAACUACUGGGAGGCCAUGCGCGUGAAAUACUACAACAGCGCCCGCAUCAACCAC